CGAUAGCGUCCGUCGAGCCGGUGGCGGCGAAGAUGCGGAAGAAGCUCGGCACCCGGUUCCCCGCGGCUCGGAUAAAAAAGAUAAUGCAAGCAGAUGAGGACGUUGGCAAGAUUGCACUAGCCGUGCCUGUUUUAGUUUGUUUCAUUUGUUCGGCGUCCAAUGAUGCAUUCCACGAUGUUCGGCGUCCAAGCAUGGCCGGGGAUGCUGUCGAGGUAGAGCCGAACACAAUAGAAGAGGCGCAGCCCCAUCGCAUGUGUAAGCUCCGCCAGUGCCGAAGGCAGAUGUCGAUGCCGCAACACUUGAAUCUUCCAUGGCUCCGUGCCAUGUCAUAGUCCUUCCGCUCAAACUGGAUGAGGAAGGGCUCCGGCUGAUGGACGGUUCAGCUCGUCGAGCAGGCCUUCGAUGUCUCUCGCCCUCGCGCCGCCUGCAAGGGCUCUUGAAUUGUUUUUGCAAGAUUUGAUUGAUCGGACCUAUGAAAUUACUCUUCAGAGCGGUGCAAAGACUUUGAAUUCCUUCCACCUGAAGCAAUGUGUGAAAAGGUACAGUUCUUUUGAUUUCCUAACUGAAGUUGUCAACAAGGUACCAGACCUUGGUGGUGCAGACUCUUGUGGGGAUGAAAGAGGGUUACCUAGAAGAAGAAAAUCAAAUGGCAGUGACCCAGAGAAUGAUGAAUCAAGAUCCAGCAAAAUGGUCAUAAGAAGUGCGAACAUCAGCCCUAGAGGACGUGGGAGAGGUCGAGGCCGGGGGCGAGGGAGGCCACCAACCAAGAGAAAGGAAGUUGGUUAUGUACAAUUUGAGGAUGAGAGCGGCAUGUUUGCUGAACAAGGUGAACCUUUACCAGGAGACGAGACAGUUCCAGAGAGCAACCAUAGCAAUGAAAACAUAACCCAAAGUGCAGAACCUCCAGUAGAGGCUCCCGCACCAGCAGCUGCGCCAGGUGCAUCUAAGGUGGAAGAAGCGUAUACUGACCAUCAGUCAGAUUGGCCAAUGCCAGAUGCUGCCAUUGGAAACAUUGGUGUCGGUCCAUCUGGUUUUGGGCAUCUGACGGUGCAGGUUGAUGAGGAUGAGGACUACGACAACGAGGAUUAGUCAUGGUCGUCCUCAUUGUAUGCACUAACAGGACUGUUCUGGUGUUGUAAAAUGUAAAUAUAGUUUGAAGUAGUUGCCACAGCUUAGCUGUGAUGGGCUGCUGAUGUGAUGCAGUUAUGUAGCUGUCCUGUUUAACUUUUGUUCCCAAUAAUUGCUUGGUAGUUGCCUCUUAUUUUACAUGAUUGACUACAAGUGUUUUGUUAUAUUUAACCCAGUAUUUGAGGAGUGCUUGACUAUUUAUAUUGUCAUAUUUUAUCAGUGAUUCUCUGUUGUA